GUUUCAGGUCCUGGUGCUUUAUAGGUCUGUGGAGCGACGGAGCCCGGCGUUGAGCAGCAGCUGCAGCCCAGUGCGCCCUGCGGAGAUGGAGGCAGAGCUGACCGCCGCUCAGCUCCUCUAAACCCGGCAGGAGACAGCAGAGGAGCCCGGUGGGGGACAGAACAACCAUGACCGACACCACAGACUGAGCAUUUCUACGGGAAGACCCCGGGAUCGCCUCGGAGAUCCAAUGAAACCAGCCCUGUGUUGAGCCUCUCCUUGGUGGGUUGGCAUGGCCCAGUGAUGAACGGAGCGGUGCUGCCCGGUAGCCCGGAGCUUUCCUCCUCGUGCCCGCUGCCUGACUGGAGAGAGUUCUGUGAGCUCCACGCUCGAGCCUCGGCCGCAGACUUCGCCGACAAGUUCCAGCGUUUCCUCUCGGAGAACCCGUGCUACGACUCGCCCGGCGCCGACGCCAGCUUCUCGCAGCAUUUCGCCAACCACUUCCUCGAGUGCUUCUCUGUGGCGCUGACCCAGGCAAAGGAAAAACAGGCGUCCUCUCCGGGGGAGGACGGCUGCAACGCGGCUACGAAAUACAGCAUCGUUCCAUUCCUGGGAAUCCAGGGUUGCCCGCUGUCCUACGGUCACGACCUCUACCAAAGGCGCAAGGACACUGGGGCUUCAAGCGAGUCUCUGGACAGCAUGGACAGUGGAGGGGGAGGGAUAGAUGGGGGAGGCGGUGGCAGCACCUCCUCUAGGGGUCCACAGACGCACAAGAUGUCAAUCCUGGGACAAUCUCGCAGCUCCGAGGACGUGUCAGUCAGCCACCCUAAAGCGCGUUUCAAGAAAGGCUUCUCGCUGAGGAACAUGAGCCUGUGUGUUGUGGACGGGGUGAAGGAGAUGUGGCACAGACGGGCCUCCCCCGAGCCUGACGCCCCCUCUGGAACCAGGAAGGCCAACGGGGGAGGCGGCGAGACGGGAGCGGGCGAGAAGUGGUCUCAGAAGCUGCGGCUUCCCCGGAGUUCCCAGGGCCACAAAGCCGAGCUGCUGGAGAUCCAGAGGGAGGGGGCGCUGAGAUACAUGGUGGCCGACGACACGAACUGCAUGGGUGCUGCGCAGUGGCAGAAGUGCCGCCUGCUGCUCAGGAAGACCAAGCGUGAAGAAGGAGGAGAGAAGUUCCUGCUGGAGUUCUACGUUCCUCCAAAGUGCUCGAAGCCUAAAGUGAACAUCCCCCUCUCAGCCAUAGUGGAGGUGAGGACCACCAUGCCACUGGAGAUGCCCGACAAGGACAACACUUUUGUUCUGAAGGUGGAAAACGGGGGAGAAUACAUCCUGGAGACCAUCGACUCGCUGCAGAAAAACUCCUGGGUUGCUGACAUCCAGGACUGCAUAGACCCCGGAGACAGCGGCGAUGACAUCGAGCUGGCAUCAUGUCCUCACGGUCAGGCCUCCAAAGACUGCUCCAUGGUGGCCUCUUGCAGCUGCGAGCUGCUUUCCGAGGGUGUGUACCGCGCUCCGGAGAGGUCCUGUCCCUCAGCAGCAGAUCAUUACAGUACCUCCUCAGUACGAUGCAGGGAGCCUCCUUUCACUCAGCACCCGUCACACAUGCCUUUAGAGCGCUUCCUGCAGUCCCCGGAGGCUCAGAGCUCCAACUCUUCUGCAGGUGGCGGCGAAGGAACAAAAGAGCCAGAGGGCGACGCCAGCUUGGCAGGCUACCCGUGGUUUCACGGUACUCUGUCUCGUGUGCGAGCGGCUCAGCUGGUGCUUGCCGGCGGGGCCAGGAGCCACGGGCUCUUCGUGAUCCGUCAGAGCGAGACGAGGCCGGGCGAGUACGUUCUCACCUUCAACUUCCAGGGCAAAGCCAAGCAUUUACGUCUGUCUGUUAACGAGAACGGGCAGUGCCAUGUCCACCACUUGUGGUUCCACACGGUAACAGAUAUGCUGAGACACUUCCACGCCCACCCGAUUCCCCUGGAGUCCGGAGGAUCCGCUGACAUCACAUUACGCUCAUAUGUGCAGGUUCAGCGAAGCUCCACUGCAGAUACGACCGUGCCUCCAGUUUUCACUCCUCCCAGGGAUGCAUCCUGCAGGACGGAUCCAGCUCAGCCGACUCUUCAUCCUCCCGGGACCGCCGCUCCUGCAGGCCCGGCAUCUGACGGCGCCCUGUCCUCGAGCACCUCCUCCUCACCCACUGCCCUCCCGUCCCUCUCCCGAAGUGACCCCGGUACAGGGCUGGGCGUGGGAGGGGGGCUGCAGAGCCGGAGUAACAGCUCCGAACGUCUUCUGGAGGCCUCGAGCGGAGCGUCCGAGGAUUACCACGACGCCGACGGGACCCGGAGAGCCCGUGCCGUGGAGAACCAGUACUCUUUCUACUAAACAACCCAAAAACAGGGCUUUGGCUUGUUUUUAUCCUGAAAAUAUAAGGCAUCGUGGACCAUUAUGCACAUUGAGAGAAUGGUCCAAAUCACUCCUCAUUUCCUCUGUUUGUUUGGGUUUUUUUUUUUUUUUUUUUUUCAAGGAAGUUUCCUGUAUCUUGGAAGUAGAAAGCAAAUGAUGCCAAGCGGUGUUUCCACACUAACAAAUUCCUGUUGCUUGAGUCAAAUCAGAUAUCAAGGAUGCACCAGACAUAAAGCAAGAGGUUAAAAUCAGAUAUCAAGGAUGCACCAGACAUAAAGCAAGAGGUUAAAAUGCACAACAAACUCAAAAGGUGUGGAUGACUGUAGGCAGUUAUCCAAACGGAGUCAUAUGGCUUCGAUUCACCUCCUCUAACCAUUUCCUGCUCAGCCUUACCCACAGUUCCCCAGGAGCGGAGCCUGUGUCACCGCCCUGCCAGAGGACUGAGGGUCUGAAAUGACCCUGCAGAAACCCCGCCCCCCCCCCUCAGCUCCUCAGAGCAUCCUGUUAAUGUUUGUAAAGCUGCUUUGAAUCUGUCCCGGAUAUCCUUGCUGUCCCUGCGGGGUUUUCUCUUCAGAGCCCUGCUCUGGGUCUUUACACUAACACGAGGUACAGCUAUCACACGUGUUAGCGUUAGCGUUUAGCGUUAGCUGAGAGAUAUUUUUCCUAGACAUGAACUGCCUGAGGGGCUUUGGUGCCUGACAGUUAGCCUGGACUGUGACAGACUGAAGCAGAUGACAAGGAGGAGUUUUGUUAAUUUCCCAAAAAAAAUGUAAUUUCAGGUGAUAAAUCUGCUCAAUCUUUGGUUAAAAUCUACAGUGUCUUGCAGAAGUAUUCAUAUAACCCUUGAACCUGUCCCCAUUUUGUCACGUCCCAACCACAAAGUUAAAGUUAUUUCAUUAGAUUUUAUGUGUCAGACCAACACAAAGUAGCGCAUAAUGGUGAGGUGGAAGGAAAAUUAUAUAUAUUUUUUAAUUUAUAAGUGAAUAUCUGGAAUGUGCUGCAUGCAUUUGCACUCUGUCCCAUUUACCCUUAUAAACCGAUAAAAUUGUAACCAGCCACCUUCAGAGUCCACCUGCGUGACAUUUGAUCUCUGCAUAAAUCCAGCUGUUCUGUGAAGGCCACGGAGCGUUGUUGGAGAACAUUAGCGGAACAAGACCAAGGAACACGGCA